ACCGGAAGCACAUGCUGGCGCGCUGCUAGAGAUGUUUGUGUUGUGACAUCUUAGAGCUGAGUGGUUUUUAACUAAUUGAACGCUGUGAUUGUCAUCAUAGAAUGGCGGCUACCGUAGAAACAUCUCUGCCGGCAGAGAUAGACUCUGCGCGGUGUGGGACCGAGGAGGAGGAGAACCGCGGCCUUGAAAUGGAGGAGAAGAGCCAGCAGCAGACAGGCUCAACCGGGCCCACCGUGCCCCACAGCCGCCUGUCCAAACUUCCGCUGGCCCGCAUCAAAGCUCUGAUGAAGACAGACCCAGACGUGUCCCUCGCCAGCCAGGAGUCCGUGUUCAUCAUUGCUAAAGCCACGGAGCUGUUUGUUGAGAUGAUUGCCAAAGAUGCUCUUGUGUAUGCCCAGCAAGGAAAGAGGAAAACCUUACAAAGAAAAGACUUGGACAAUGCUAUUGAGGCUAUAGAUGAAUUUGCUUUCCUGGAAGGCACACUGGAUUAAAGACUCUUUUACGAGAUCAAUGCGCCGGUGUAAUUUCUGCCAUCAUCCAAUAAACAGUUUGCAGCAGCGGCAGCAGGGAGGAAGCUUUCUAAAGCGUCUCUUAAUCAAAUUUAACUCCAACAUUCAGUGUUUGACAGCUUUUUAUAUAGCGGACACCCUGGAAUUUUUUUUAACUGUAAUGUGUAUAUUGUUCUGUAAAUAUUUGGGAAUUCCUUGCAUACAUUGAAAUAAAUUUUAUGUUUUAAAC